UCUGUCAGAGUCUGUCCUCAGAGCAGGCGGAGUAAAGGGACUUGAGUGAGCCAGUUGCCGGAUUAUUCUAUUUCCCCUCCCUCUCUCCCGCCCCGUAUCUCUUUUCACCCUUCUCCCACCCUCGCUCACGUAGCCAUGGCAGAGCCAUCGGUGGCCACUCAGUCCCCUUCCAUCCCCUCAUCAUCCUCCGGAGCCGAGACGUCCACGCCCGGCAGCAGCGGAAGCCCAGGAGCCUGCCCCGCCCUGGGGACGAAGAGCUGCAGCUCUUCCUGUGCGGUUCACGAUCUGAUUUUCUGGAGAGAUGUGAAGAAGACUGGGUUUGUCUUUGCCACCAUGCUGAUCAUGCUGCUUUCCCUGGCAGCUUUCAGUGUCAUCAGUGUGGUUUCUUACCUCAUCCUGGCUCUUCUCUCUGUCACCAUCAGCUUCAGGAUCUACAAGUCCGUCAUCCAAGCUGUACAGAAGUCAGAAGAAGGCCAUCCAUUCAAAGCCUACCUGGACGUAGACAUUACUCUGUCCUCGGAAGCUUUCCAUAAUUACAUGAAUGCUGCCAUGGUGCACAUCAACAGGGCCCUGAAACUCAUUAUUCGUCUCUUUCUGGUAGAAGAUCUGGUUGACUCCUUGAAGCUGGCUGUCUUCAUGUGGCUGAUGACCUAUGUUGGUGCUGUUUUUAACGGAAUCACCCUUCUAAUUCUUGCUGAACUGCUCAUUUUCAGUGUCCCGAUUGUCUAUGAGAAGUACAAGACCCAGAUUGAUCACUAUAUUGGCAUCGCCCGAGAUCAGACCAUGUCAAUUGUUGAAAAGAUCCAAGCAAAACUCCCUGGAAUCGCCAAAAAAAAAGGCAGAAUAAGUACAUGGAAACCAGAAAUGCAACAGUUACUAAAACACCAUUUAAUAAUUAUAACGUCAUUACUUGUACUGUGAACGAACAUACUUAGUGUCAGCUUGAGCCUGCAUUCCAAGCUUUUUUUUUUAAUUUGGUGUUUUCUCCCAUCCUUUCCCUUUAACCCUCAGUAUCAAGCACAAAAAUUGAUGGACUGAUAAAAGAACUGUCUUAGAACUCAGAAGAAGAAAGAAUCAAAUUCAUAGGAUAAGUCAACACCUUAAUGGUGGUAGAGCAUUUACCUGUAGCUUGAAAGGGGAAAGAUUGGAGGUAAAAGAGAAAAUGAAAGAUAGAACACCUCUGGGUCCUUCUAUCCAGUUUUCAGCACUAGUCUUACUCAGCUAUCCGUUAUAGUUUUGCCCUUAAGAAGUAAUGAUUAAUUUACGAAAAAAUUAUUUGGGGACAGGAGUGUAAUACCUUCCUUGGUUUUUUUUGCAGCCCUCAAAUCCUAUCUUCUUGCCCCACAAUGUGAGCAGCUACUCCUGUUACUCCUUUUCUUUAAUGAUUUAACUUUCAACUUGAUGAAUAACUUAUAAGUGAUAGUGAUAAUUCCUGAUUCCAAGAAUGCCAUCUGAUAAAAAAGAAUAGAAAUGGAAGGUGGGACUGAGAGGGAGUCAGCAGGAAUGAUGCAGUGGCCGUCACUCCCUCUGCCACUAUCCCCAGGGAAGGAAAGGCUCCGCCAUUUGGGAAAGUGGUUUCUACAUCACUGGACACCAGUUCUGAGCAUUAGUUUGAGAACUCGUUCCCGAAUGUGCUUUCCUCCCUCUCCCCUGCCCACCUCAAGUUUAAUAAAUAUGGUUGUACUUUUCUUAUUAUAAAAUAAAUGUCUGUAACUGCUGUG